AGCAAUUUUUGUCUUUUGAAAAGAAAGCUCUGGUUUCUCAGGUUUUAUUCAUGUGAAGACUAGUAUAAAAAUUGAUCAUAAAACCUGAUAUGUUUCUCAAAUCAGGACAUCUUUGGUACAUGUUCCUUUUCUCUGUUUUCAAUAUCUUACUGUUAGUGCUUGCGUUUUAACUUUUGUAGAAUUAGUCCAAUUCUUAAACCAAAAUUCUCUCCCCCUCUUGAGCUUCUUCCACGGCCUCUCUAAUGGUGGAACAAAAUCCCCCCUUUGAUCUUCUCUACUUCCACACCUUUCUCUCUCAAAAACUCUGAGAAUGAAGACUUUUUCAAGCUUCUUUCUCUCUGUAACAACCCUCUUCUUCUUCUUCUUCUUCUUCUUCUUCUUCUCUCUUUCAUUUCAAGCUUCACUAUCACAGUCUUUGUACAGCGAAAUCCAUCAGCUUAUAAGCUUCAAAAACGUUCUUCCUGACAUGAAACUUCUCCCAGACUGGUCUUCCAACAAAAACCCGUGUACUUUCAAUGGCGUUACUUGCAGAGACGACAAGGUUACUUCGAUUGAUCUCAGUUCCAAGCCUCUCAACGUCGGAUUCAGUGCCGUGGCUUCAUCUCUCAUGACUAUCACCGGAUUAGAGUCUCUGUUUCUCUCAAACUCACACAUCAAUGGCUCCAUUUCUGGCUUCAAGUGCUCUGCUUCUCUCACCAGCUUGGCUCUAUCAAGAAACUCUCUUUCCGGUCCUGUAACGACUCUAACAGGCCUUGAUGUUUCUCGUUGCGUGACUCUCAAGUUUCUCCAUGUUUCUUCCAACAAUUUCUCCAUUGGGAUUCCAUUUCUCGAAGAUUGCUCGGCUUUGCAACAUCUUGACAUCUCCGGGAACAAACUACCCGGCGAUUUCCACGGUACGGUUCCUCCUUUCUUCAGCUCUUGCUCACUUCUGGAAUCACUCGUGUUGUCGAGUAGAUUUCAGCUCCAACAAUUUCUCCGGUGUAUUUUCCCAAAUCUCUGUCGGAAUCCUAAAAAUACUCUCCAGGAGUUUAACCUUCAUAACAAUGGCUUCUCAAAUCUCGUUUCGCUUCACUUGAGCUUCAAUUACCUCUCUGGGACAAUUCCUUCGAGCUUAGGGUCCUUAUCGAAGCUUCAAGAUCUGAAACUAUGGCUGAAUAUGUUAGAAGGAGAGAUCCCUCACGAGAAUAUGUUAGAGACUCUGAUUCUCGACUUCAACGACUUAACCGGUGAAAUCCCUUCCGUUAGGGCUGUGGUGUUUGCCUUCAGGCGGAAUGUGCUGAACAUGCAUUCACAGAUUAUGCAACAUAUCUUUCUUGAUAUUCCAAGUCUUGGUUUCUUCACAACCUAUGCUUUGCUGGUUCUCGCAUGGGCAAGCAUUUACUGUCAGGCGCGUUCGAUAUCCACCGAUGGACUAAACUUUAGCUUCUUCACAAUUACUGGAAUUGUAUAUGUAGUCCAGAUAUCUCUUUGGUUGCUUUGGAUGUGGAAGCCUGUUGGAGUUAUGCUAAUCCUAUCUAAGAUGUUCUUAGCAGGUGUUUCAUUGUUCGUCGCCCUUGGAUUUUUACUUCACGGUGCAAGGCUUUUCCUAAUGAUUCAUCGGUUUCCAGUAGAAUCUAAAGGGCGUCGCAAGAAGUUGCAAGAGAUGUGCUUUGCUGCUUUCUAUGAGGGAGCAAACCUUGAUGUGAUGGAUCAUCCAAUCCUUAAUCUCAUAUAUUACUUGUUGGUAGAGAUAAUACCAUUUUCUCUGGUCAUGUUCAUCUUGAGAAAGCUCCCACCAAAACGAGACAUCACACCAGAAGAUCUACAUGAAAGUUAAUAAUCAGACUAUUUUUAAUCCCAAAAUUCUCUGAAGAAUCUCAAGCUUUCUACUUCAAUGUUUGUUUCAAUAUAUCUAAGAUUUUAAUCUUGAUGGCCCUUCUCCAUUUACUUUUGAAUAAUAAAUAUGUUUGACACAA